AUGCAAGUCAAAAGAUUCGUUCUUAUAGCGGCAGCUUUACUGCCUGCUGCCUUUGCUCAGACUAGCUCUGAUUGCAAUCCUCUGAAAGGAUGCUUCAAGGACGACCCGGCACUUGGAACAACUUAUUCCUGGGAUUACACAAAAAACCAUGGAGAGGCCCCAAGAUUUGAUAUCGUUUCUUCGGCAUCUCGAAUUUCUUAUCAAGACGAUGGAAUGCAUAUGUCCGUCAUGAUGAGGGGUGAUUCCCCGACCCUCCAGUCCCAGUUCUAUAUCUUCUGGGGUAGAGCCGAAAUCGUCAUGAAGGCUGGUCCUGGAGCUGGUAUUGUCAGCUCUUUGGUUUUCCAGAGUGACGUUUUGGACGAAAUCGACGUUGAAUUUAUUGGAAACCAACCUGGAAAUGUCCAGACCAACAUCUUCUCAAAGGGCAACCAGGAUGUGCAUAUCUACGGUGCCAAUACCGCUGUCGCUGAUACCGUUGGAGUCUUCCACAAAUACACCGUAGACUGGACUCCCCAGCAAAUCACUUGGUCAAUUGACGGAAACGUCGUCCGUGUCCUAAGUCGAGCUGAAUUGGGAGAAGUCGUCUACCCACAGACACCUAUGCAAAUCAAAUUCGGCCCAUGGGCUGCUGGUGACCCGUCAAAUGCGCCAGGAACUAUCGAAUGGGCUGGUGGCCCUAUCGACUAUAGCUUGGCACCAUUCGACAUGGUUGUCGCAUCCUUGUCUAUCACUGACUACUCCACUGGGGCAACUAAGUAUCGGUACAAGGAUACAAGUGGUUCUGCUGCCUCAAUUGAAAUCACUGGAGGUGGUAUUGUCAACCCUCCACCACAGCAGGAAACAACCUCCAGCGCCCCACCACCAGCUCCAACUACCACUUCAGCACCCCCACCCCCACCAACCACCACAUCCUCUAAGCCCUCACCACCACCACCAACCACAACCUCAACUCCACCACCUCCACCACCUCCACCAACCACUACUUCGAGUAAGUCCACCCCUCCUCCGCCUCCGCCUCCUCCAACCACCACCUCAGAGCCAACUACGACUUCUGAAUCCACUACAUCUACCACCGAGGAGCCGGAGACAACUACUUCCAAAUUGAACAUUCCAACUAAGAUCAUUACCACUUCCUCCUCUCCAGUUACAACUUCCUCUAAGCCACCACCACCACCAAAGCCUACCACCACGAGCUCUGAAGAAGAAGAAACAACUACGUCUGUUAAAGAAACAUCAACUUCUUACCGCCCUACAAAGUCAACUUUCAGUGUUGAAACCACUCACUCCUCCACUUCUAGUGAACCUACUGAACGUUCAGGAGAAACUACUCUCGCAACUGUUAUUUCCACUCAGUCAAGCGGCGUGCGGCUACCCACCAACUCCGAUGUCCCAAGCAGUGGCAGCAGCAUCCGCACUGCCUCUUCUUUGGUGAUUGCUAUUGUGGCAUUAUUUGUUCUCUUCUAA